GCUCUCCAAUUGUGCCUAUUCAACAGGCAUAAUUUGAUGCCUCACGCAUCGUUUUCAACCAGCUGGCUUCUCUUUAAGCAAACAACAACCCAAAGUUUUGACACGUCUGAAAAAAAAACAUGGUUAAUGUUUAGAAAGAAAAAAAAUAUUAAAUCAAAUAAUUUAGGCAAGCCUACUUGAGGAGAACAAGAAAAUAAGACGGAGUUCGGUGAAAACCCAGUGUUGAAGGUCUGCACGGGACAGGCACCUGCGACGAGACACCUGCGCAGACAGAAAUAGUAAUGGCGUAUUUUUGUAUGCACUAUAAUCCGCCAUGGUUCGUUCGAUAAAAGCCUAUGGAGAAAAUGAAUCGUGUUUUUGGAUUAACUCCGAAAAUAAAGUAUGGUAAAUACGAGCUUCGAACAUGUUAUUCUAUGAGAUCAUCUUCCUCAGCUAAUGUCACUUUGUGAGUUUUGACGAAUUUAUGUCAUUAAAAAAAACCCACUUAAGGCUUCAUAAUUCGCUAAAGUAAUGUUAACUGACUGAUACUAUAUCAUAGAACAAAACGUAUAAACUCUCCUAAACUUGUGUUAACCUCAGACCUUAUUUUUGGCGUUUGUCCCAAAACAGUAUUAUUUCGCCAUUCAGUUUUCCCAUAGGGAUGGCUGAACGAAGCAGAUGUAACUAAUUUCCGGGUUUUAGGACCACAAGCUGGCGAGCAGAGGCGCGCGCUCUGGUCUAGCCGCGCGUGCUCCAUCGUCAGACUAACAUUAUUAAUGAUUUCGAUCUCUUUUGAGUUUCUCAUGUGCAACAUUUAAUCAACACAUUAAAUAUAUUUGAGAUUGUACUGCCCCCCAGUGGGGAGAAAAAAAACGUUCAAGAAAGUUUGUCAAAUCGUAUAGGUUCUUGAAUGCAGCCAAAUGCCUGCAAUCACUCAUGUGACCCGUUCGGGAUGUUUUGUGUUUUUUUUUUUUUACAACGUCAUUGUAAUCAGAGGCCGCACGAAGACAUUCCUGCAGAAGGUGAUUUCGUCGCUUGGUCUAACAUUUAGAUUUUAAAAAUGGUGAAAGUAACAUUUAACUCGUCCUUUGGACAAAGGGAUUUGAAGAAAGCAUGCAAUGCCGAAGCGCUUAUUCCGGAGGAGAGGGACCUGGAGGAUGGCAUGCGAGUGCGUCGGCAGUCCAAGGUGUGCUGCUGGUACAGGUGCCUGGGCCUGGCUCUCAUGCUGUCAGGUGUGGUGGUGGGAGGGGCCUACCUUUACAAGACCUACAUACUGGAGCGCAGGGUGUAUUGGUGCGGGGUGGAUUACCUUGAGCAGGACUACAUGGUUCAGGAUGAGGACGAGGUGGUCUUGCCCUCUGCGCUGAGACACAUCCAGGAGAGCAUCCGUGUGCUGGAGGAGGUGGAGCUAAUCAACGUGCCCGUGCCCGAGUUCUCAGACAGCGACCCGGCCGACAUCGUCCAUGACUUCAAAAGCAGGCUGACAGCCUACCUGGACCUGAGCCUGAACAAGUGCUACGUCAUCCCCCUCAACACCUCCAUCGUCAUGCCUCCCAAAGACUUGCUGGAGCUGCUCAUCAACAUCAAGGCUGGUACCUACCUUCCCCAGUCCUACCUGGUCCACGAGCAGAUGAUGGUGACUGAGCGUCUGGAGAACGUUGACCAGCUGGGAUACUUCAUCUACAGCCUCUGCAAGGGCAGAGACACCUACAAGUUGGAACGCAGAGAGACCAUACUGGGCAGGGAGAAGCGUGAAGCCCUGAACUGCAGGACGAUCCGUCACUUUGAGAACAAGUUUGUGGUCGAGACACUCAUCUGUGAUCCUUAAAGUGAAAGGGGACUGGCUGCUUCAGACACAUCAUGUAUAGUUUCACUCACUGUCUGCAGUGAGAUUUUUUUUUAACCCUUCUCUCUCUCCCAUAUCACCCCUCAUAGAUCCUUUACUAUUCUGUACUGCUGGUAGUUUUGAGAGUUGUCAAAUUUAAGUCCAGAUGAUUCCAAGUCAAUACUGUUGUAUAAAACUAAUGAAUUUUUCACUUUGUGUAAAGUACCAUUUAUUUGGGGGCAACUCUUCUCUUCAAAGAAUAAGAUAUGUGUUCAGCUUUUCUUUACUCUGGGGUUUAUUAUUGUUAAAGAAAGUGUUUAAAUGGACACUUAAGUCAGUUAAUUACACUGUUAUCAGGUAUAACUAGAUUGAUGAAAUAUAAACUCAAUGAGAAUAUGCUUACUUUAGCAUAGCAUUUUUGUAUCUGCUGUCACAAGUACAGUGGGAUGAAUCUCAUACCCCACAGGUCCGUCUGAAAACAGAGCACGUGGUAACUAACAUGUUAAUAUAGUCUGUAAAAAGGAAGAUUAAUACCACAAUAAAUCUUAAUCGUUUUA